AUGUCAGAAGAUUAUAUAUUAAAUUUAAUUAAAAAAAAUGAAAACUGCAGUGAGAACAAUGAAGAAUGUAAACUACAACUUUUUAAAGAUUUGGAUGAUGAGGUAGCCCAGAUUAGUUGUGAAUCAUACGGUUGUUCAAUAAGAGAAGUUAUUAAAGAGAGUGUUAUUAAUCUAGAGCUUAAAAAAUUUUAUACAUUUUUUUUUAAUAACUUUUUUGACAUAGAAAAAUACAGUGAAAAUGCAUGCGCUUGUUUGGGUGCAUGGAUCCAGAAGAAAAAAAACGAUUAUAUAAAGAGUGAUACAAUAAUGACUGAAAUGGCAUCAUGGGAAAAUAAUAUGGAAAAACUCUUUAAUUUUAUAAAAGAAACAAAUAGUAAUGAGCGUAAUAAAUUUUGUGAAUGGAAUUCUACUGUAUCACAAUGUAUAUUAUCAACAAAAACACAAAGUGUUUCAUUCGAUACACAAGCAAGAUAUACAAAAACAUUUACAUCAAUCCCAAAGAUUCCUCCUAAUUCAUUUAAAUCAUCAAUAAAAAAUGUUUUCUUUGUUUGUUUUAUACUUUUAAUAAUCUUGCUUCUUACUUUUAUUUUUCUAAUUAAUUUAGGUAAAAUCCAAAAAUUUUUAUAUAAUACGUGGAAUGUAAAAUUUUUGAUAAGUAAUUACAGAAAGAAUAGUCACCAAUUUGAAAAUUAUGAUGAUUUUCCUUUUGUUUCAGAAAACGAAAGAUAUAAUAUGCAUUAUAUGCUGGAAAAUAAUUCUUAA